UACCUUGAGAGGCAUAUCGAUGUCAAGAGAAGAAGAGAAGAAGAGCCCCGCUCGUCUCCUCUCUUACAACGUACUUACUCCGUAGAUCGCCCGUUCGUCCUUCGUGGGUCUGACCUGACAGUCUCACCAAGCUCUUUUGAGACUAUUUGAACUAGUACCUUAUCCUGGCUCCUCGUUUCAUUCGUUCGGCGCCAUGGACUACUCUCUUCGAAAUCACCUCUCCUUUAUUGGUUCUCCGGUUGCCGACCUGCCCACGCCAGCCCUGGUUAUCAGCAAACCCGUGCUUGAAGCCAAUAUCGCACAGCUUCAUCAAGAUGUCGAAGCAAUGGGCAUCGCGUUUCGACCUCAUGUCAAGACUCUAAAGUCUGUCGAGGUCACCAGGAUGAUGCUUGGCGGCGGCAAGCACCGCAAGAUCGUCGCCUCCACCGUGGCUGAUAUUGAAGGUCUUCUACCCCUUGUUGAGGAAGGAAUCCUAGAUGAGGCCCUCUACGGCGUCCCGGUCGCCCCCUCCAAAAUUCCACGCCUCGCAGCGCUGCGUCACUCUCUCCGCAUAGUCCUCAUGAUCGACCACGACCAGCAGAUUGCCCACCUGGAAGCCUUCUCCGCAACGGCAGGGGGGCAAAGCAAGACCCGCGACCCCUGGGACGUCCUGAUCAAAAUCGACGUCGGCACCCGCCGCGCCGGCAUCCCCCCCUCGUCGCCCCGCCUCGCCGACCUCGUCCGCCGCGCCGAGACAUCCACGGCCGUCAACGUCCUCGGCUUCUACGCCCACGCCGGCCACUCGUACAGCAGCCGCUCCCAGGACGCCGCCCAAGCCGCGCUCAGCACCGAGGCGGAAGGCGUGCUCCAGGCGGCCGGCCUGCUGCCGGCCGACCGCGCCGUGCUCGUCUCCAUCGGGUCGACGCCCACCGCGCACGUCGUCCGGAGCCUCCAAGUGGCCGCGCCGCGCAACGUCGCGCUGGAGCUGCACGCGGGCAACUUCCCCGCGCACGACCUGCAGCAGGUCUCGACGGGCCUGGUGCGCCCGGCGCAGCAGGCUCUCCGCCUGUGCGUGGAGGUGUGCAGCCUGUACCCGGAGCGGAACGAGGCGCUUGUCAACGCGGGCACCAUCGCCAUCUCCAAGGAGACGAGCUCUUGGGCCGGUUACGGUAAUGUCGUGGGCAAGCCUGGGUGGUAUGUCCAGCGAACGUCGCAGGAGCAUGGCAUACUUGCGUUUCGCCCUCCUUCCGGUUCCCCCACCAAAGGAACAGAGGUAGAAGGGGGUGUUUUGUCGGGGGUGGACGAAGUGUUCAAGGUCGGGGAUAAGGUGCUUCUCCACGUUGCGCAUGCUUGCAUCACGGCGUCAAACCAUCAUGUGUACUACGUAGUUGAUGAGGACGAUAUGGUCCGGGAGACUUGGAUUCCUUGGAAGGGUUGGUGAGAGGCUCGCCUCCGGCUCAUGUGUGAGGGAUUGUGUGGAGCGAACUCGGCGCCUGCUCGUUUACCUCGUUUAGUGCACAGGUACCCCAUAUGUACGUAACCACGGAGUACGUACGAAGUAUCCGUACUGAGAAGUGCAAAGACAUCUAGGUACGAAUAGAUGGUCAGACCGGGACGGGUGGAAACUUUCAGCCCCCUCCCCCCCACCCAUUUGGGACUUUCCCCACGAUAAUGGAGCUGACUCACGUCACUGGAAAAAGGGGAGGCCCCACCUUUUACC